CUUGACUUUUCAAAAUAGCGCAGAUUUUCUAAACUUUUUAUUUUUACUUAAAAUUCCCAAUAUCUAAAUCCUAUAUCGGUCGAGCUCUAAUUCUAGGUUCACAGUUUGAAGAACGAUGUUGAUGUGAUGAUAACCGAAGGAUACGACUUGUCCCUGAUGCCAUUCAUCCUCGGUGCAAAUACAAAAAUCCAAGUGAGGGUGAUUGACAGGCACGAGUUUAAAGGAAGUACGGUUAUGGAUGUACAGGUUGAAUCAUCUCUGAAGGAUAAAACAGCCGAUGGCUUGCAAAAAGAGGUCGAUGAUAAGUUUUUCAACGAUAAGUCUCCAGAUUCGAUAGAAAACUUGAUUGAACAUGGAAACUACGAAAAAGCGUUGCAAACCAUAAACGUAUUAGUGGACGAUAUGGAGCAAUUGCGAGAUGAUACAACUAAAGACGUUAUAUUUGGAAACCAUCAGAGAAUAUACGAUGCCUUGCAAAAUAUUCCAGUUAAGGCAGAUACAGCGGAUACAAUUGCAGCGAUUUCAAAUAAAAUAGCUAAAGCUUACAUAGAUAUGCCAGAUAUAAAUGUAAUUGAGAACGCUACUACUCUCUGCGAGAAAUCUGCACAAGCGGGGCUGAAUGAAAUUAAGAAACUGCAGUUUCCUGCAAAAUACGAAGAGGAUAUCAGACGAAGCACAAAAUUGUUAGCAGAAUGCUCCCAAGCUGGCGCCAAUUCAAAUGAAGCCCUACUAGUAUCUGAAGCUAAGGUUGUUAUUCCUACAACUGAAUUUCCACUGAUAGACAAGGAGUUAAUCGUAGAAAAUUACCCUGACUAUAGUGAUGAUCAAAACACAUCGAGGCACUUGAGGACGUUGGAAGACUCUUUUAGGAGGAUGGAAAAUAUCUGUUAUCUAACAGCGAAGACACUGGCUAUGACAAUGUCUAUUGAAGAAAGACCUAAAGCAGUAGAUGCUGGCCAUUACAAAGUUGUCGCCUGUAAAAAGGUUGGAGAAGGGCACAGAAAGGCUAAGUUAGUAUCACAGAAUAUCGAGUUAGCAUCUUCGCCUGAUUUUCUUUAUACAAAAGAUGCUGUCGACAUAUUAAUGUGUACCAGUUCAAAAAAUAUCCUGUGGUGGGCCCAGAUUGAGAAACCAUCAUCAAAUAUCGCACUUGUUCGUUUCGACGUGGAAGAACGAGCGGUUGAGAAAUUUUCCAACCCAUAUAGGCUGACAUUCUUCAUGUUUAAAAACGCAUCUUCGAUCCUAGAAACGUAUUCUGGAAGAACGCCCCAAGCAAUCGAAUGUACCCAAAAGCGGGACUGGUGCGAUUAUGAACGAAUAGCGCAGUACAGAAUUGACGUUUUCGGUUCACGGACUUACAUCAUACAGUUCAAUAACUUAGAUGAGGAGAGUACAUUGCUGGUUCUCAUAUCACGUUUCGAAAAACCACCAGCGAGCUAUUUCAGUCUAGCGGAGGUGAUUACCAAAUACAAUGCUACAAUCUACAAAACAAAUGAUGAUAAAUAUGACGCCUGGGACUAUUUGUAUAUACUUCCAGGGGCAGAAGAAAAGGAGUACAAUUUCUCUGUUUUUACCCUAUCUUGUCAAAAAUGGGACUAUGCUGCCAGAGAGUGGCGACAUGGCUGUAGCAGUGAUGCAAAAAGAUCUUCGGUGAAUCGCAUAGUGUGCCGUUGUUUUCAAGCAUCUAUUUUCUCCGGAAAGGUUACAAACAAUGAAGUUCAGCCACAACACACGUCAUUUACUGAAUUUGAACUGGAAUACCAAGCUAAUUACAUAAUAUUUUUGUUUUUGCUCGCUAUAUAUACAACAUAUUGCGUGUUGUUGAUAUACUUUUCAAUGCUGGGCAGAAAAAAAAGGAUUUGGGAGACGAUAUACUUUUUACCGGACACCUCAUACGAAUGUAGAUAUGGAUAUCUGAUAAUAGUGAGAACGGCGGACAAGAAAAGUGCUGGUACAACUUCAAAUGUGGUUAUACAGAUACGCGGCAAGCAAAAUAAAAGUCAGGAACAUCUGUUAAACUACCCUGAUCCUGAAUUGUCUAUGUUACAAAAAAACUGUGAGGACUGGUUUUUCCUGGCGACUGAAAAAUAUUUAGGUGAAGUUGGAAGUAUACAAAUAUGGUUCGAUGCGCUUGGAUAUAGACCCGCGUGGUACUGCAUCAGUUUGGAGCUUGUCGAUUUACAAACGAAUAAAUACUGGUAUUUCAACAUAGAUACUUGGUUUAGAAUGAGCGGGAACCAGCGAUUCGAGUGCACAGCGUAUCCAACGCAUCAUAUGGAAGGGUCUCUGAAACAGCAGAGGAUAUCAAAACUGAUAUCAAAAAUGAGAUACGGAACACACAUGUGGAAUAUAUUUGAGGACAAAGACGUUCUCACUAUGGUGAAGAGAAUAACUAUUAUUUUUUCGAUAAUUUGCACCAUAUUUACAACGAUUAUGUUAGCAUAUGGCUGUCCCAAGUUGCGGCUAAGUGACAGCAUAAGUUAUUACAGUAGAUACACUAUAAAUUGGUAUAGCUUCCUCGCCACUUGCUGUGGAUUUACGAUUACCUACCUCAUACAUUAUCCAACUGUAUAUUAUAUGAGGAAGCAAGCAAACGAUGAAGACUACAUUUUCCAUAUCGGAGGAUCUCGAAUAGGCCUGGGCAGCAUUUUGAGUUAUUUCCUGAUAGUACUGAUAGUAACCAAUAUGACCUUACUCGUUAUCUUCGGAUUUUGGGUGACACACAUUACAGGGCUGAUGUGGCUAACAUGUGUGUUAGGUAGUAUGCUGGUUUACAUUUUUGUUUUGGAAAAUACUUCUAGAUUCGUACACAAUUUGUUGGAUAAUAUGAAAAAAAGAAUGAGGUACAUAUUUCAAAACUUCAGGUCAAUCGCUCUUCAGGUAGAAGGGCAGAGGAAGGAGGUAUUCAGAAGAUUUGGAAAAAAUGGCCUGCGACCUUAUCUUGGCCAUUUAUAUAGUCCGCUGAACGAUAGUCUCGUCACAGAAAGGAGAACAAAGGCGAAUCUCAAAUUAAAGGUUAUAGAGUUGCUUGAAGAUCUGAUAAUGAUAGCAAUAUAUGUGGUACUAUUAUAUACAGUUAUACUGAGAGAUAAAAACCCGUUGUCGCAUUAUUACCAUAAUCAAAUAAAGUAUCUCGUAACAGGAGCAACAACGAGGACUGAAUAUGUGGAAGACACAAGGGGGAGUAUUACAGGAUAUCUAAAAUCGACCCUUCUAAUGGCUUUGCAGUCAAAACAGUGGUACGGUCGGUAUGUGGUGGACAGUCCAGGCAUGACUGUCGACCAAGCAAAUAAGUACAUAGGUGUAGCCCGACUUCGGCAACAUCGGUCUGUCCAAGAUAAAUGCCCAGAGUACUUCAAUAAAUCUGUGGAUGAAAUUGACUGUGUCGGAUACUUCUUUGGAAUGGGUGAGAAACGCUGGUUUGAUGUAGGCUGGACGCCUCUAGCUGAAAAAUAUAGAAAUGGCAUCCUCGGUAGACAAGAUCCUGUUUGGAGGUAUCAAAGCGCACUGAAGGCAGGCACAGUUGCGUACGUUGGACUAAUGGGGACUUAUCCUGGUGGAGGAUACAUAGCCCCGAUGGGACGAACGAUACAAAAUUCUUUCGUCAACCUGCAAUACCUACAGCGAAACCACUGGAUAGAUAACCUUACCAGGUGCAUGUUUGUUGAAUUUCUUCUGUACAAUGCAAACGCAAACCUGUUCGGUCAAGUGCAGUCAAAAUAUGAAGUCAGUUUGUCAGGUAUCGUAUAUGAGACACAAGAUAUAAGGGUAGCUAGCCUGCUUGUGGUGAAAUCAAAGGAAAGUACAGUAACUGUAGUAGCAUCCUUAUGUUUCAUAAUAAUGGUUGUAAUUUUGGGCUUGAAGCUGGUAAUAAAAGUAGCAACGAAGAGACGAAUUGCAUUGAAGGAUAUGUGGUUAUUGAUCGACUUAGUUAUAGUUUUGAUGAGCAUCGCAUGUCUAUUUCUAUACGUUGGAAGAACUAAACUAGUAAAGCAAUUUCUGAGAAAGGUUGAAGACGCCAAACACAACGAGUUUAUAAACUAUUUCCACCUUUUUUAUACAGAGAGCACUUUAACGAUAAUGGCUGCCGUACUGAUUUUUGUAGCUACAUUACGCCUGUGGAAACUGCUGCGAUUUUUCCAAAUCAUACAGGUCGUAGAGAGAACUUUAAUAUACAGCAUGAGGGUAUUGUGGUGUUUGUUUCUCUGCCACAUGAUCAUUAUUAUACUAUUCAUGUUCACUGGUCAGUUAAUCAAGGGACAAAACACCAAUGCCAGAGGUGUAAUAGAAACUGUGGCUGUGAUGUCUUUAAUGUCCUUUGGAUUCGUUUUUGACCCGGACCUUGUGGAGGAUUAUAAGCUGUAUUAUGCUACAUUUCAACUGUAUUCGACUAUAUACUCCACUGUGGUUGUAGCAGUCAUAAGCACCGCGUACGCAGAUGCGCAGUUGUACUAUUCUGAUGAGAAGCACGAAUACAGUGUUCAGGAAUAUAUCAGGGACGAGAUUCGAUAUUAUUUUGAAGUUAUAUGGAUCAAAUGGAAACGACUCAGGUUAACUGGCGGAGAGGAUACAGAAGAUGAUGAUGCAAGAAAAGUGGUAACUCCAAAGUCUGAUGAGUUCAGAUUUUCGGAGUGCCUCACGGCUCCAGUGAGUAGGCUAACGACGAUGCUUCACUUAUCUCUGUGUGUACUACGGAACAUUUCUAAGCAUGCAACUUACUUUGGCGCAAAAGACGUAGCUACUAUUAGAAAUGCAAUUGCUUACUACUUUGGUAGCGAUAGUCAAGAGAAGGCGAUUUUUUACGAAGGAAGAACGGUAACUGGACAAGUGAAGCUCGUCGAUGACAGGCUAUUCCAGAGGAUGGAAAAUAUUUGUAACGACUUUGAUGAAGAGCCCCAAAACCAACAUAACCAGCAGCUGCAAGGUGUACGAAGUCGACGUGCAAAAGAAGCUGCAGUCAUUGAAAAAUAUAAUAAUAAGAUAGAUAGUGUUCACGAUAAACUUAAAUUUUUAUUGGAAGCAAUGAGUAAUAUUAAGAUUGAUGGUGAAUGAUUAGAGAAAUAAAUGUAUGUUUUUUUGUAGAAGAAUAUACUCGUAGAGAGAGAAGAAUAUUGAAUAUGUACUUCCCACGCAAUUCUGUCAAUAGUUAGAUUAUCUUCUCCUUAUUUCCAUGAAUUCAAUCAAUUGCAUGUGAGAUGUAGAGUCAACUUGCUUGGAUCUGGUUUCUAAGGGACUGAAUAUAAUUUCCAUUUACCAAAAGCAGCUAAAUAUUCCAUAUUCAGUGCGGCUAUCUACUAGGCUGGAUUCAUGAAUGAUUUCCUAAUCAUUAUCUUCACUUAAAUCUAAAAAGAGC